AUGUCCUGCCUGGGGGCUUUCACCGGUCUCUUCUCCUGCAUGGUCCUCCUCAUUGUCCACUCAAGUGAUGGCUCUGAGAUUAUCAAUGGGAAAGAAGUGAAACCCCACUCGCUGCCGUACAUGGCUCUGCUUCAGAGUCUCACACAAUGCUGUGGAGGGAUACUGAUCGAUAAAUCAUGGGUCCUGACUGCUGCCCACUGUAUGAAGGGUUCCAAAAUUAAGACUGUGUGGCUGGGGGUGCACUCCAUCAAGGCAAAGAAUGAGAAUUCCAGGCAGGUCAGAAAGGAUCCGAUGCAUUUUCCACAUCCCAACUAUGAUUCAGCUACAAAGGUCAAUGACAUCAUGUUGCUCAAGCUUGACGAAUCUGUGAUAGAAACCGAGACAGUGAAGUAUCUUAAGUUGGGUGAUGCCAUCAAAGAUCCAGCAGCUGGGACCAGCUGCAUGGUGGCAGGAUGGGGCCAAACAAACAACAGUGUUAUGAAAAUGUCCGACGUCUUGAUGUCCGUCAAUGUGACUGUGGUCGACAGAGUGAAGUGCAACUCUGUUGAAUAUUACAACAGACAUCCUGUGAUAACCAGUGGCAUGAUAUGUGCUGGUUCAGACGGGCAAAAUGAAGCUGACACCUGUGUGGGGGAUUCAGGAGGCCCACUGGUGUGCAGCGGAGGUCUGGUUGGAGUCACUUCUUUUGGACCCAAGGUCUGUGGCCAGGCUAAAAAGCCAGGAGUGUACAUGUAUCUCACAGUGAAACAACUCAGCUGGAUCAAAGAUACAAUGAAGAAGUCUGACAUUAAAUGA